AUGCCGGGCGCCUACUCGCGCUUCCGGGAGCUGCUGCCGGCCGAGCAGCGGGACACGGCGCGCGCCGCCCGCCUGCCCGCGAGCCGCGUCCUGGCGCUGCCCGAGCUCAGGGCCAACCCCUUCCGGCACCGCAUCUGCCGCGUGUUCUCCACGGCGGAGGACGGCAGCGACAGCCUGUCCUUCGAGGACUUCCUCGACAUGCUCAGCGUCUUCAGCGACGCCGCCACCUCCGACAUCAAAUCCCACUACGCCUUCCGCAUCUUCGACUUCGAUGACGAUGGGACCCUGGACAAGAAGGACCUGGAGAGCCUGGUGAACUGCCUGACGGGGCAGAGCGAGGAGUCGCGGCUGAGCGACGCCGAGAUGGAGCAGCUCAUACAGAACAUCCUGGACGAGUCGGACAUCGACAAGGACGGCACCAUCAACCUCUCCGAGUUCCAGCACGUCAUCUCUCGUUCCCCCGACUUCGCCAGCUCCUUCAAGAUCGUUCUGUGACGGCCCCGCGGCCGAGCUGCUCCUCGGGCUGCUCCUCCCGUCUCCGACGCUCCUCGAGCUGCGAGYGGCGGCGGAGGCUCCCGCUCCGAGUGCCAAGCAGUGCCUUAGGGCGCAGGAGGCGCCGUGGGCUGCAGCCCGCGCAGGAGCAGCUCCGCUGCCACUGCCAACUCCUGCACCCACCGCGCGCGGCUGCAGCCCCUGCGCCGCCCCGGCCUCGGCGCGCACCGGGAACCGCCUGCGCGCAGCAACGGCCGUUUCUUCCCCAAAGCAAUAAGUCCUGCCCGUGGGCACGGCCACCAGCACCAGCAUCCCGCGUGCCCAGGACUGGCACGGAGCCCGUGGAGCCUCUCCCCYCGCUUGGGGCCUGGCGCUUCCUUUUCCUUCCUUCCUUCCUUCCUUUUUGUCUCUGCUCUGCCCUCCUCUCCCUCCGUGCCGCUGGCUCCGGCUCAGCGGUGGCUCUGGCUCUGCUCGAGGCUGCUGCUCUGUGUUCCUGACAAAGGACAAAUAAAGGGCUCGA